AUGAAUUUCCUGCGUCCGCCACUGCAUAGCAUUAAAGUAUUUUCUUUGGUUAUUGCAACUAUUCCUUCUGCUUUAAUGGAUGAAACUUUUCAUGUUCCAAUGCUUAAUGGUAACAAUUUUACUGACUGGACAGAAAAUUUAUUUUUUACAUUGGGGUGUUUAGAGCUUGACUUGGCACUCCGUGUGGACGAACCACCCGCCCUCACGGAGAAAAGUACGCCACAAGAGAUUGCUAAACAUGAACAGUGGGAGCGAUCAAAUCGCUUAAGUCUAAUAUUCAUGAAAUCUCAUGUCUCUAAGGGCAUUAGGAGUUCCAUCCCUGAAUGCACUAACGCUAAGGCAUUCAUUAAGGCAGUUGAUGAACAAUUUAUGAGUUCCAACAAGGCCUUACCCAGCACCCUAAUGAAGAAGCUAUCAAGCAAGUCCUUUGAUAAUUCCAGAAGUGUGCGUGAGCACAUUAUGAAAACGAGGGACAUGGCAGCUCAACUCAAGUUCCUAGAGAUCGAUAUAUCUGAGUCAUUCUUGGUUCAUUUCAUAUUGAACUCUCUCCGCUCUGAGUAUGUUCCUUUUAAAAUAUCCUAUAACACACAUAAGGAUAAAUGA